AAGUUGCAGGACUUAGACUUAUUCUUUAAUGAUUUGGCAGGGCAACUACCUUCUUCCAUUGGUAAUCUCACUCAACUGCUGCAUUUCUACGUGUCUGAUAACAAUCUCACAGGCCGCAUUCCUUCCAGCCUUGGAAACCUGCAGAACAUAGAAGCAAUGGAUCUCUCUAACAAUGGAUUCAAUGGAAGCAUACCUGAGGAAAUUCUCAGCCUCUCCUCUCUCUCCUUCUUUUUGGAUUUGUCUGGCAACUCUCUGUCGGGGCAACUUCCUGCAAAAGUUGGUAGCUUGAAGAAUUUGGGGAUAUUUGGUCUGUCUCGUAACAAGUUAUCUGGUGCAAUACCUGCAACAUUAGGCAGCUGUCAGCAACUGGAAACACUACUCAUGGACAAUAACUUGUUUGAAGGUACCAUCCCUGCAUCUCUUGGUAACAUUAAAGGUCUUCAAGAGCUUAACCUCUCACACAAUAGCUUAAAAGGGCCAAUUCCAGAUUCUCUGACCAAAUUGCAUGCACUGACCUCCUUAGAUUUAUCUUUCAACCAACUCAGUGGUGAAGUCUAUCAAGAAGGGGUCUUUAAGAAUGCGACGGCAGUUUCACUGCUCAGAAAUGACUGUCUCUGUGGAGGCAUUUCAUCCCUCAACCUUCCUCCUUGCCUUGAAACUUCAUCAAAGAAAACAAAAUGGUCUAGAUCACUGAAGAUUGCAGUCAUAGUGCCUAUAGUGGCAUUCAUUUUACUAUUGAUCUUUUUAUCUUCUCUUGCGUUCCUAAACCGGAGAAAGAGGUUAAGGAAAAAAUCUCCAUCAAUACCUUCAUUUGCUGACAAGUAUCUCAAAGUAUCAUACAAUGAGUUGUUCAAAGCUACUGAUGGUUUCUCUUCCAGCAACCUACUCGGCACCGGAAGCUUUGGUUCUGUUUACAGAGGGACUCUGGAUCCCAGUGGCACAAUCGUGGCGGUGAAAGUCUUCAACCUCCAACAACGAGGUGCCACCAAGAGUUUCAUAGCAGAAUGUGAGGCCUUGAGAGGCAUCAGGCAUCGGAGUCUCAUCAAGAUCUUAACUGCAUGCUCAAGUAUUGAUUCCAAGGGUAAUGACUUCAAAGCUCUGGUGUAUGAGUUCAUGAAUAAUGGGAGUUUGGAGACAUGGCUGCAUCCUAAGGAUGCUGGCUUCUCCAACCAACUGAGCUUGGUUCAGAAAUUGAACAUAGCUGUGGAUGUUGCUGAUGCACUGAACUAUCUCCAUGUCAAUUGCCAGCCACCAGUCAUUCACUGUGAUCUGAAGCCUAGCAAUAUUCUCCUGGAUGACAACAUGAAUGCUCUUGUUGGGGACUUUGGGUUGGCAAGGAUCGUUUCUGAAACCAUGAGCAUAUCUCAACAUGAUUCACAUAGCUUGAUGGGAAUCAAAGGGUCCAUUGGAUAUAUAGCUCCAGAGUAUGGAGCUGGAAUUCAAGUGUCUACCUCUGGAGAUGUUUACAGCUAUGGAAUCCUUAUGCUGGAGAUUUUCACCGGAAAGAGACCGGUUGAUGAUAUGUUCAACGAUGGCUUGGAUCUUCGAGAAUAUGCUCAUAUGGCUUUUCCUGACAGAGUUAUAAAGAUUGUAGACCCUGCAAUCAAUGAAAACAACACCAUUGGCAUUAACCAGAGAGCACAAGAAGAAUGUUUGGUUUCUGUCAUCAGAAUAGGUCUUGCUUGCUCAGAAAGAUUGGCAAGAGACAGAAUGAGCAUCAGAGAUGUGGCCAGUGAGAUGCAUGCUGUCAGAAAUGCAUACUCUAAGGCCGGACAGUCGCAGUGAGAUAAGAGAUUGAUGGAGCUCAAUGAGGAAAUAAGAAUUAGAUGAAAAUCAUUAUUAGCUUUGGUUUGUCUUUUAUCAUUCUCUAUUGUAUUACUAAUAAGGGGCCUGUGAUUCAUGAGCAGCAUUUGGAUGACAAUACUAAUUAAUAAAUCCCAAUUAUCAUAUUUAUUGAUUCAAGUUGCAUUCAUAUCCAAGCAUAGAACAAGAUGGAUUUAGUGAUAAUGUUCUUCAAUCUCCAUGUCUUGAUUGUAGUCGAACUUAAAAGUACAACAAGAAAUGAUAUCAACCCAAAAGCAUAUAAUAUCUGGCCAGUUCUUGACAUCUUAAUAAUAACACAUGUGUUUUCUGGUAAUGACUGGUCAUGCAUAGAUAAAGGAAUCCCAUUUGUGAAAUGCCAGAUAUUUCUAUACCUCCAUCUCUUUGGUUGUGAUUUCCUCUAAUAUCUUACCAUCAAAGAAUUCCACUUCAGCAUUGUCGUCAUUGCUGCAAUUC